GUCACAAACCUCCCGGCCGUCGCCACGCGCAGUCGCGUGAAGCAAUAAUAAAUAUAACUGAUAAAUCAAGCCAGAGGUCACCAAAUCUACAGUCACCCGUCAACACCGGCUUGUAACCAUGACGUCCGUAGACUACUCAAAGGUUCCGAUCCUGGAGAAGGCUCUUCAUAAGCCGCCUUUGGAGGAGAUUGUCGACGUACUGUCCCGCGCUCUCAAGUCCAACUUCGAGUCGGUGGCCGUGUCGGCGGAGGUCAGCCCCGACCUCAGACAGGAGCCUUACGGUCUCACCUCGCCAGGUCUAUGUGGCAACGAGAAGCUGAUAGAGCUCGGCGGGCCCCCGUACCUCGUGCCUUUAGUGCAGCGUGACAAGGUCUACGACCUAGCUGACCUGGCCAAACAGCAGCGCCGGGACCCAGCCUUCCUGGCCGGUGCUGGCGCGGGACCGUGGCCCUACAUCGGGGUUAAUUGUGAGGGUAUAAUCAAUCUGUCCAUCCGCAAUGGCUCCGUAGAUCAAGGCACGAGGAUAGUUUCCGUCCAUCCUGUGGGGGCAGCCAAGGGCAGCAGCGGCUACCAGCAGAGGAGGCUCCCCAACAAUGAAACCAGGACUGCACUCCUGGGCAACUACCUCCUGUCAGAUGGAAGCCCCGGCAAGGUCAUAAAAGUGGUGGCAAAGAAACGUAUUGGACAGGCCAACUUUAUCACCUCAAUCCGUGAGGCUCUUAAGCAGCACUACGGGGACAAAGUCGUUGGCCUCGGCGGCAUGUUCCUUCUCCGCGCGGGCAAGGUGAAGCACCACGUAAUGCCAGAUUUCUCCAAGAGUCCCCUAUGUUCCGACUCCGACGUGGACAACUGGCUGCACUACUUCGAGAUGCGGGCCCCCAUCACUCACGUAGGGACCAUGGUUACUGGGGACUUGGACCUGGACCUGCGCGUGCAGCACUUCCACGGCUGGGGCCCGCACGGCGACGGCGGUCACUACCACUACGACACCACGCCCGACACUGUCGAGUAUGAGGGCUACUUCACCGUCGCUUCCAGCGUUCUGCGCAUUGACGCGCCUACCGUCACUCACAACAUGGGCCGCGACUAAACAUACGCCACUAUACUAUCCGCAAACCAAACUUACGACUGAGGUCAUACUCGUAUUGACUAAUUAUGACUUCAGGCCGAAGGUUGUCGCGUUUCGGCGGUUCCGGGGCAAUGGGGCCGAAUUCUACGCCGGGUCACACGACGGAGCCACGCUGUUACGUCGUCGCCCAAAUCGAACUAACGAAAAUACAUUGAAUGAUUUGUCUAAACUUGAUAAGGUUAGCGGAGUAGUAUUUUUCCUGUUGCCGCUCGAUUCUUCUCUACUUCAUAUAAAAGUAAAAACUGGACAAGUGCGAGUCGGACUCGCCCACCGAGGGUUCCGUACUUUUUAGGAUUUGUUGUUAUAGCGGCAACAGAAAUACAUCAUCUGUGAAAAUUUCAACUGUCUAGCUAUCACGGUUCGUGAGAUACAGCCUGGUGACAGACGGACGGACGGACGGACAGCGGAGUCUUAGUAAUAGGGCCCCGUUUUACCCUUUGAGUACGGAACCCUAAAAAAAUACCUUCUAAAAUAGUAAUUAUCUUGUUGUACGUAUACCUACUAAUUAAGUUUUAUGAUUUUGUUUUUAUAAUAUAUUUUGAUAUUUAUUAUGUGAAA